AUGAACAAUGGAAUCUCGACAGUCAAUUCAGUGAAAAAGAAACUGUACAGGAGGAGGGCCACUGCCUCUAGGGUUUUUGCUAUGUCCUCCAGUAACAUUACAACAUUCAAGAUGAAUUUAAAUGAGUAUAUGGUUACUCUCGAGAAACCACUUGGCAUUCGAUUCGCUCUAUCUGUCGACGGAAGAUUUUUCGUGCAUGCUCUUCAAAAAGGGGGGAAUGCUGAAAAAUCGAGAAUAAUAAUGGUAGGCGACACUUUGAAGAAGGCGAGUGAAACUUCAGGUGGGAAGCUUGUUGAGAUCAAGGACGUCGGUGAUGCAGAGAGUAUUUUGAAAGAGAAAUCAGGUUCUUUUAGCCUAGUGCUUGAGAGACCCUUCUCUCCUUUUCCCGUACAUCAGCUCUAUCUUAUGAAUGAUCUUGACAUUUUAUAUAAUAGAGGUCGUGUUUCCAUUGCCACUUGGAACAAAAACAUACUGGCUUCAAAUUUACAAACAUCUUCUGGGAGCAGUGGGAAUUCUGGGUUUGUAACAUUUUGCCCAAAGUUUUUAACUUCCCAAGGAUGGAAGUGUUUGAAUGAUCAGGACAUUAAUGGAUGGCCACACAUGGUUAAGCACAACCCUGCUGUACCAUUUAGCCCUCUUGUAGCCAUUUUCUCCGAGGAAGUGGCUGGAAAUGCUGAGUGGGGACAUGGGAGCUUCCCGCUUGAAGAGUAUGUCAAGGCAUUGGAACGUUCAAAGGGGGAGCUGUACUACAAUCAUUCUCUUGGUAUGCGCUAUAGUAAGAUCACCGAGCAAAUUUAUGUUGGAUCGUGCAUUCAAACAGAAGCAGAUGUAGAGACUUUGUCAAGCACUGUGGGAGUCACAGCUGUGCUGAAUCUCCAGAGUACAAUUGAAGCUGCAAAUUGGGGAAUUGAUAUGAAAUUGAUCAAUGACUCGUGCCAACGUUGUAAUAUCCUUAUGAUAAACUAUCCCAUAAGGGAUGUAGAUUCUUUUGACAUGAGAAAGAAACUGCCAUUCUGUGUGGGUCUUCUCUUGCGCUUACUUAAGAAGAACCAUUGUGUUUAUGUCACCUGUACCAGUGGCUUUGAUCGAUCUCCCUCUUGCGUUAUUGCAUACCUUCAUUGGAUGACAGAUACUUCCCUUCAUGCAGCUCACAAUUUCGUCACUGGGUUGCAUACAUGCAGGCCUGACAGGCCUGCAAUUGCCUGGGCAACUUGGGAUCUCAUAUCCAUGGUUGAAAGUGGCAGACAUGAUGGACCUGCAACCCAUUCUGUGACCUUUGUGUGGAAUGGACAUGAGGGAGAAGAUGUAUAUUUAGUUGGAGAUUUUACAGGUAAUUGGAAAGAACCAAUUAAGGCAAUCCAUAUCGGUGGCCCAAGAUAUGAAGUUGAAGUUAGACUUUCACAAGGGAAGUAUUAUUAUAAGUAUAUUACCAAUGGACAAUGGAGGCAUUCAACAGCUUCACCGACAGAAAGGGAUCAGAGUGGAAAUAUGAACAAUGUGAUUGUAGUUGGCGAUACUGCCAGUGUAAGACCUUUGGUUCAAGAUCAAAAAAAGGAUGCAAACAUUGUGAAGGUCAUUGAGAGGCCAUUGACAGAAAAUGAGCGAUUUAUGUUGGCUAAAGGAGCUCGGUGUGUUGCUUUCUCUGACAUUCUUGCAAACCCAAUGCCUUAUUCAUUCAGAUCAUCACAUCUACAGGAUGUCUUUAUAUUAGUAUACUGUGAAGAGACUGUGCCAAUUCUUUGCUGCAUUGGUUGCUUGAGGCUCGAUAAAUUCUUGUAUUUGUGCCACGAAAGGUAA